AUCAUGUGAGAGGAGAUCAGGUGAUACUGGUUCAAAAAUCAGAAUGUCAAUUUAUCCACUUGCAAAAGGGUGAAGUUAUUUGAACAGCUAAAAUGGCUUCCAAUUUUGAGACUUCAAUUAAUAGGGGAUCCGAUUUGUUCUUUGACUUUUCUUGUUACACUUGUAAGGGAAAUGACAGAACCACAGAGGCUGAAUUUUACUGUGAGGACUGUUCCAAGGUUUACUGUGGCACAUGUUUGGAGUACCAUAACUUUCUUUACCAGAAGCAUGUAACUUUGGACAAGAAAAACUUCAGUAACUGGCCAGUUUCCGAUUCAACAUUUGAUGUUCUAGAGCAAUGUAAGGUGCACAAGGACAGGAAAUUGGAAAUACUCUGUGAGGACCACAGUGAGCUGAUGUGUACUGUCUGUCAUGUCUACAAUCAUAAAAAAUGCAGCCAUGUUGUUCUCAUAGCUGAUAAAGUGAAAGACCUGCACCAAAAAGGGGAGUUUAAGCAGUUGUCAGCGACUCUCGAUACUUUACAUGGACAGUUGAUUCUGAAGAAAGAUGACUUUGAGGAAAGUCUGAAGUCCCUGGAACAAGCCUACAAUACAAUUCUGGAAGAAAUAAAUGCUUUACGCAAGGCAAUCAAUGAUUCUUUGGAUCAACUGGAGAGGAAUACCAUCAAGGAGCUAGACACACUACUGGCUAAAUUGAAAACAUCUAUUCAAACUGAUAAUGGAAACUGCAAUGAGUCUAUCAAAAAGAUAACAUCUUUAAAAGAAGAUUGGCUAAAUAUAAAGGGCAAAAGUGAAGCAAUUCAAAUGGUUAUCUACAGAACAUGCUUGGACUUGUCUGUGAAGACCAAAGCAGUUUUACAAGAAAUGACAGUAGAGAAUGACAUAACACUGAGCUUUACACCUGAUCCAGUCAUCCUUCAAUCCAUGGCCACUCUUUCAGGAUUGGGACAAAUACUCUUCACAGAAAACAGAGUAACAACAGAGACAAAACCGGAAGCAUGUAGUGCAUUAUCCAUAAAAAGUUAUCCUGAAAUCCAAGCCAUUGAAACCAACAAGCAUGACCAGGUUACCAGUCCAGUAUCAGGAACACCCAGACAAGCUGAAAUUGCAAACCAAACAAGUGCUCUCAACAUGCUAGAUACAAUUUCCAAUCAAACAUCAGUGAAACAAGGUGACAUUGCAAACCAAUCAGCUGCUGUUAACAAGUCAGACUAUGUGUCCAGUCUGAUAUACUAUUCAUCUACACGGUCUGACAAUACAAGUGCUUUGAACAAGCCAGGCUGGAUGCCUAAUACAGUAGAAUCAAGUUCAUCAACCCAGUUGGUCCAAGAAUAUCAAUCAAGUGCACUUGACAAGUCUGAUCCAAACCAAGUCAUCAGAGUGAAGACAAGUAAGAAGUAUAAUGUUAAGAUAGAGAAGGAUACUGCAAACCGGUGCUAUAUAUCAGGUAUCUGUGAGAUAGCUACUGGAGUACUCCUGAUCACAGACAAAAAAAACAGAAAAGUUAAGCUGUUGGAUCAGACCAUGAAGGUGGUGGCCCACUAUGACUUGCCUAGUGCUCCAGUGUCCAUUUGCAGCAUUGACUCCAGUCUGGUGGCUGUUGCUAUGUGUAUCUAUGAGGUCCACUUCAUCAGAGUGACCAAUCUUCAGCUGGUAAAGGACAGAACUAUGGCAUUCCAACAUUUAUGCCAUGGAAUUUCCCAUCACAAGGGCAAUCUAUUCAUUACAACAAAAAAAGCCUUGUACCAAUACACUGUGGAUGGAAGACUCGUGAGCAAGCUGUAUAAAGACACAAGGGAGGGACAGACAGUUGACUCCUGUGCAGUGAGUCCAGAUGGAGAGAGGAUAUAUGUGACUAACCAGGCCAGUAAACAGCUUGUCACCCUGUCCAGGAAUGGCAGAGUAAUCUCCACACUGACUGACCCUGCACUGACGUGGAAUAUACUUGCUGCUCCACCAAGCAUCCAUGUGACAGACUCAGGAAAAGUUCUGGUAUGUGAAGGCUGGUACUACCCAAUCAUCCAGGUGGACAAAGAUGGGAGACAGAUACUUGCAGAGGUGGUCACAGAGAAGGAAUGUAAGAGUGCACUAUCAUGUGUCUACUACAGUAAACAUACAGGACUUCUAGUUGUGGGAAUGUGGAGUGAUAAUAACAUUUUGGUGUUUAGCACAUGCUGACUCUUUGAAUAGUUGAUACCAAAUUAUUUAAAUAUACAUGGAAUACAUUUAAAACAGGAGAUAUUCAAGGACUGAAAAUAUGAAAAUAGUUCCCAUGAAAAAGCAGUAUUUCCAUGACCAUAUCAAAGUGAGUCAAAAUACGCUCAUAUACUUUUUACAUUAACAGAAACUUUAUUUGAUAGGAUUGCAAAAUUAUCUACAUCAUCUUUUAAUUUCUUUAAGAGAAUGAGUUUAUGUAAUACUUGUUAUAAAUGCUAUUUUAUACUAAUAUUUUAUUUUAUACCGUUUUGCAUGAUUGUGUAUGUAAUGUACUGUUAUGAAUAUGGACUUAAUGAGUCAAUUAGUUAUGUAUUGUUUGAACUUUUGUAUGAGCAUGUUAAAAUAUAUAAAUUGUUUUCUAAAAAGAAACAAGAGGGAUAUGGGCUCUAAGGCCCUCACCUGAGACCAGAAGGAACAAAACUAUUCUAAGAAGGCAGAGUUAAGAAAAAUACAAGUACUUUAUGAAACAUAAGUAUAAAAUUUCUAGGCACAUUUUUAUUUACAAACUCGGCUGAGAUAUAACUAGAUAUUAAGGAUGCAAGAGGUUAUCCGGAAAUCUACUGAAACGAUCAGUUAACGGGUAACAUUGUUCAGAAAACGUCACCUGAUUUGUUUAUUAUGCAUUUAUCAUGUAAUUAAUAUUAAGUUUUUUCUUUUUGUGCCGACAUACUGCCAAAUAACGCUGGCGUUUAGUUAGAACACCAUGCCACACUAUAACGUGUCAACAAACACAGUAAUCAAGCAAUAAAUCAGUAUCUUUGUGGUUACAAACAGGGUGCACGUUUUGAUAAUCGGCACUAUUGUUUUGUUUUACUCGCGAAAAUUUAACUUGCAAACUGUGGGGGUUUGGGCUGUUAGUGUAGACGUUAUUGACAGAUUUAUCUAACUUGCGAUAGAAAUCAGUUGGGACAUUAGACAGCUUAUUAUUAUGGUUUGUUAAGUAAUAUCAUACACUGAUUGUAAAAAUAAAGUGUUUAUACAUUUAAGUAACAAUUUUAUCAAUAUAAGCAUUCAUUGAUAAAUCUUGACCAGUUAA